UUUUAGAUCUCAGACCAUUAAAAGAUACCAACUUUGAUUGGAUCUAUCAUCUAUCCAAAACUUUACCUAGCCGACCAUCCUCAGGCUAACCCAGAUCCAUAAACUGUCACCCAAAGCAGUUUCUCUUUCUUUUGGGAUCUGAAAUCUUCAGUCUUUAAUCCCUGUCCCUCUGUCUUAUGGAAAUUUCAGUGAAAUGAUGAUGUUUCUUGGAGCUUAAGUGGAUAUAAUGUUACAACCUUGGUGAUUCUAUAUUUGGAAAGAUAAAUCAAAAUAUUUGGAUUUUUUGGUUUCUAUAAAUGGAAAAUUCAAUGGGCAGAAGAGUAGAGAAAAGGGGUUUUGAGCAGAGUGUUGAAGAUGAUGCUGAUGAUUUGCCUGAUCCAAAGAAGGCAAAAAUGCCGGCUCUAGCAAGUGUUAUUGUGGAAGCUUUGAAGGUGGAUAGUUUGCAAAGACUUUGCUCAUCUUUGGAGCCCCUAUUUCGCAGAAUUGUUAGUGAAGAAGUGGAGCGUGCUCUGACGAGAAUGGGUCAUGCUAAAUUGGCAGCAAGGUCACCACCAAAAAUAAAAGGGCCAGAAGGAAGAAAUCUACAGCUUCAUUUCAGAACAAGGAUGCCACCCCAUCUGUUCACCAGUGGGAAGGUUGAGGGGGAACAAGGAGCAGCUAUCCAUGUUGUCCUGUUAGAUGCUAGCACAGGCAGCAUUGUGCAAAUGGGACCUGAAUCAGCAGCCAAACUGAAUGUGGUGGUUCUUGAAGGCGACUUCAAUGAGGAGGCUGAUGAAGAUUGGACUGCAGAACACUUUGAAGGCCAUGAAGUGAAAGAGCGUGAAGGGAAAAGGCCUCUACUGACUGGGGAUCUACAGGUGACUCUCAAGGAAGGGAUAGGAACUCUUGGAGAUCUUACUUUCACUGAUAAUUCUAGCUGGAUAAGGAGCAGAAAGUUCAGGCUUGGUGUUAAGGUUGCUUCUGGAUAUUGUGAAGGCAUUCGUGUUCGUGAGGCUAAAACAGAGGCAUUUGCUGUUAAAGAUCACCGGGGAGAAUUAUACAAGAAGCACUAUCCACCUGCUUUAAAUGAUGAAGUUUGGAGACUGGACAGAAUAGCAAAGGACGGAGCACUGCACAAAAAACUGGUAAAGGCUCAAAUUGUAACAGUUGAAGAUUUUCUUCGACUUCUCGUGCGGGAUCCACAGAAAUUGAGAAAUAUACUUGGAAGUGGAAUGUCCAAUAGGAUGUGGGAGAAUACUGUGGAGCACGCUAAGACCUGUGUUUUGGGGGGGAAGCUUUACGUUUACUUCACGGAUGUGACUCAUAGCACCGGUGUUGUUUUCAACCAUAUUUAUGAACUCAGAGGCCUUAUUACCGAUGGGCAGUUCCUUCCUCUCGAAUCGCUUAACCACAACCAAAAGGUAUCAGUGGAUUCUCUGGUAAAGCGAGCUUAUGAAAAUUGGCAUCAAGUCAUAGAAUAUGAUGGCAAAGUCCUGAACUCCCUAACUGGUACUAGGAACAACGAAAAGAGAGUCUCAGUUGCACCCGUAAUUGACAACUACAACACGAAUCAGUAUAUUACUUCUAACCACAACAGGCAGCAGCAAUACAUCUCCUCCGAACAAUGUUCGCAAAGCCAAGCUGUAAAUAACCCAACGUCAGUUCCUCAGUUGAUUGAAUUUCCAUUCGUGAGGUCUGAUCAUAAUGCAAUCACAACGCUAAGCAAUCCACAGGCAGCACUAGCUGGUGGUGUAAUGGAUCACAUGUCAAUUGGAACUCCAGCUGGGGGUGCUUAUUUUACAGGAGACUGGUCUCAGCCGAGGCAUUCACACGGAUCGGAAGACUUUUUCGCUGAAGAAAUCCGGCUCAGGAGUUCAGAGAUGUUAGAGAGUGAUGACAUGCAGAGACUUCUGAAAACGUUAAGUAUGGGAGUUGGUGUCGGAAUGGGAAAUGGUUUUGGUCAUCCUGAUGAGGCUUGUUACUCUUAUAGCAUUCAAGCGUACGAGCCUCCGAUGGAUCAAGCAUUCGCGCAAGAACGCAGCAGGGGCUCAGGGAAGGCCGUCGUGGGAUGGCUGAAGCUGAAGGCGGCUCUGCGGUGGGGGAUAUUUGUAAGGAGGAAAGCUGCAGAGAGAAGAGCUCAGCUAGUUGAGCUUGAUUGAGUUUUUAAUAUAUCAAUCCAAUUUUAACUUCACUCAAGAUUGUACCUGUUUAAGUGCAUCUGAAUUCUUAAUGCUUCUUUGAAUUACACUAUAUAUUCCAGGUGUUUUUUCUUUGCA